AUGCCCUUUGGCCUGUGCAACGGUCCACAAACAAUGAGUCGGCUGAUGGAUAAGGCUAUUCCUUCACGGUUACGAGAGAACGUCUUCGUCUACCUGGAUGGUCGGAUGGUGUGCAGCUCCAACUUCGAAGAUCAUUUGGAAUUGCUGAAGGAAGUGGCGAAAUGCUUGCGGGAUGCGGGACUCACUAUCAACAUACAGCAAAAUCAGAGAAGCAGUCAAAUUGAAAAUUUAAUUAGUAAAUACUCGAAUGUGUUUUCGACCACUACCGGAAAAAUUAAAGACUUGCAAGCUCGUUUGUACCUAAAACCUAAUGCAGCGCCGAAGUUUGUGAAGCACCGAAGAGUUCCUUUUCCGUUAAUGGAAGCAGUGGAGAAGCAAUUGGAUGCACAAGUAGCAGAAGGUCUUCUUAAGAAGGUUGAAACCAGCGAAUGGGCUACGCCAAUUGUCGUGGUGCGGAAAAAGGGUGGUGGAGUCCGAAUAUGCGGGGACUAUAAAGUUACGCUGAACCCGGUUUUAUUGGUCGAUGAACACCCACUACCAACAGUAGAUGAGCUGUUUAGCAAAAUGGCAGGUGGCGUACGGUUUUCGAAAAUCGACUUGGAAACAGCAUACCUUCAACUAGAGGUACAUCCAGACGAUAGGCACCUUCUUACGCUCAACACACACAGGGGAUUGUACCAACCAACUCGUAUGAUGUUCGGCAUCGUCAGUGCACCGGCAAAAUGGCAGCGAUUAAUGGAACAGGCUAUAGGAGAUAUUCCGGGAGUAUCGGUCUUUUUGGACGAUAUAAAGGUGACAGCGCCAGAAGAUGAUACACACAUACAACGUGUCGAGGAAGUACUUAAAAGGCUCGAUCACUACAACAUGCAUGUUAACUUGGAAAAAUCUCAAUUUUUGAAGGACAGUAUAGAAUACUGCGGGCAAUUUACGCUCGUUACAGAUAAUCGGGCGAUAUCACAAAUAUUUGCACCUGGUAGAGGCAUACCGAUAAAUUCAGCAACUCGUAUGCAGCAUUACGCGUUAUAUUUGGAACAGUUUGACUACAAAAUCGAAUGCAAGCGUUCGAAAGAGAAUGGGAACGCAGAUGCUCUUUUGCGGUUAUCCAAUGCAGCCACAUCCGAACAGGUGGAAGAAGUUUACGUGGUGGAAGAAGAGUUGUUCGAAAAUUUGCCGGUAACGGUAGCGGAACUUCAGCGUGAAACGAAAGCGAACGAAACAAUAAGACGACUUUAUGAGGGUUUGAAGUAUGGCAGAAAGUGCGAGGCAAAAGAUCGAUUUGGCAUCGAACAACACGAAUUUACUUUACAUAAUGACUGUAUACUGAGGGGAGUGCGCGUAUACAUUCCAAAUAAUCUACGACAAAGAGUACUGGACGAAUUGCACACGGCUCAUUUCGGUGUGGUCAGAAUGAAAAGUUUGGCCAGAGCCUACGUAUGGUGGUAUCAAAUGCAUAAGGACAUCGAGAUUGUGGUGCAAAAGUGCAUUGCAUGCCAAGUCACCCGACCAGACCCUAAAAGAACAAUGCCAGUACACAGUUGGAAAACACCCGGAAAAGUUUUUGAACGAGUACACGUAGAUUAUGCCGGUCCGGUAAUGGGUAAAUAUUUGUUUAUUUUAAUUGACGCAUUUAGCAAAUGGCCGGAAGUCCAUUUAGCUUCAAACAUGACCACCGAAACAACGGUUGAAAAAUGUCGCGAGAUAUUUGCGCAGUUUGGGGUACCAAAUGUCUUGGUAAGUGAUCACGGAAGACAGUUCAACUCGACCGAAUUUCAAAAAUUUUUGAAGAAAAAUGGAGUCAUCCAUAAGCAAGGAGCACCGUAUCACCCAGCAACAAACGGUCAAGCAGAACGUUAUGUACAAACGAUUAAGAAUAAACUUAUCGCAGCAAAUUACACACCAGAAUCGCUGAAAAGCGAGCUUUCAAAGAUACUUAUAGCUUACAGGCGAACCAUUCACCCAGUAACUAACAAAUCGCCAUCGAUGCUUAUGCUAGGGCGGCAUAUACAAACACGUUUGGAUUUACUUUUGCCGCAAAAUGAUCAAGCGAAAUUCGGUAAGACGCUACCAACAAAGAGGAUUGACAUAGGGGAAAGAGUAGCAGUACGCGAUUACCUGGCAAAGCCCAAAUGGAAAUUUGGAGUAGUUGAAGCAAAUAAAGGCGAUUUGCAUUAUAGUGUCAGACUCGACGACGGUCGAAAAUGGACGAGACAUAUCGACCAAAUGCGAAGAUCAAGAGUAUCAAUCGACGAUACGCCGGAAGAUUCUUCUAAAGCAACAGGAAUGCUAGCGGGAGGUCCAGUCAGCGAACAAAUGGGAAGAGCUCAGAAUCAUUCAUUAUCGUCACAUCAGACUCCAGAUGCGGUCACAAAUCACUCAUCGCAAUCAUCAUCUCAACCACAUCAACCUGUCGAGGCACCACCUGAAGAAACACUUCGUGGAAAGGGCGGAGAAGAGGCUAACAAAAACCUACAGUCAGACACAUCGCAAAAGCCGACAUCGACAACAACAACACUGGAAUCACCCGAGACCAUGCUGCGCCGUUCGCAAAGGCAACGUAAAAUACCAAAACGUUUAUUAUCAUAA